AUGAUAGAUGGCGAAACAACGGAUAUUGGUGAUUUGAUGGAAUUGCCCCAACCAACUAGUUAUUUACCUCAACACUAUCAACUUAAACCUGUUCAGUCUUUCGUAACCAAUUGGGUCACAGCUGCAUGGGAAGAUAUGCAAGUAGAUGAGCACAUCUCAAAAGAGGAGUUGCUUGUGUUUCUCCAGGAUGGUUUGUUGCAGGGUUUGUUGUGUACUCGGAAAUCCAAGAAAAAGUCCGAAGCUAAUAGAGAGAAAAAGGCGUUAUAA